UACAGUCAGUACACAGUCGGAGCUGAGUGAGCUGCACUGACUGCACUGCUAGCUGACUAGUCGACUGUGCCUGUACUGUAGCUUUUUGGCAGAUUUUCGUGAAUGUUGUCGCUGGACUGGAGCUUUGGUCACAUUUGGUGUCUGCGUUGGCCAAUGGCUGUGUUGGUAGUGUUGUAGCCGUAGCCCAGUGUGGCUUCUACUUAGUUCUAGAUGUCCUCUCUGAUUUCACUCUUUUCAGCGUCUGGAUAACAAACUGCUUUUCCAAUGUUGUCCCGAAACCGAUCUCUCCCUGGCCUGCACUGAGCGUUGCGGGCGCGUAGGUUCACGGACGGUGCGCUGCUGACCCAGCGCACGGCCGUCGACGCUUCCCCGUGCCUUGUCGACGCAGCUCACUUGCUCUGUUCGUCAGCGACGGAGCUACCGUUGGCCGUUGGGUGGCUCGAGCUAGUCAUCUCUCUCCUCGGCGGCCUUCAGGAUGUCUUCCUCGUCGAGCAUUCAAACGGCCGAUGUUGUCUACAAACAUCUGGAGAGCAAUGAGGAUCUCGCGCUCAUCCUGAGGGUCAUGGAGGGUGGCACUGGGAUGACCAAGUUCUGGCCCCGGCGAAGACCGGAGCGCAGAUCCUUCUAUUUGCGGGUAGAGACGUUCGAGAUAGCUUGGUAUCCUGCUGGCAGAGUGGGAAGAAACGCUACUCCGGAGGGGACAGUCGACAUCAGGGAAAUCCAGGAGAUUCGGAAAGGCCGCCAGAGCAAAGACUUUGAGCGUUACCCGGACGAUGCACGUCGUUGCGAUGAAGCUGCCUGUUUCGUGAUUCUCUACGGCACCGAAUUUCGCCUGAAGACGCUCAGUUUGGUUGCGUUUGGUCGUGAUGAGCGUGACAACUGGGUGCGCGGACUGUCCCAUCUGAAGGCCACCAAGCGCUACUUCAGCUACCCGAUUCUAACGAAACGGUGGCUGUUGAAGGAAUUUCGAAACCUUGACCGUGGUAAUGCAGGAAAUGUCGGUCUCACGGAGUUCAAGAAGUUUUUGCAGCAUGCCAACUGCAAGAUGCCGAACACGAAAGCCAGGACUGCGUUUCAGGAUGUGGACGUUUCGAAGAACGGCUACAUCAACUAUGAUCAAUUCCGAAGUGUCUACCAGGGCAUAGUAGUAGCCCCGCUGCUUCAGGAUGUCCAGAUCCGUUUGUCCCAGUACCUUCAGGACGAGGGUGGCACGCCGCAAAUGACACGGUCUAGUUUUCAACGGUUCCUUCAAAAUGAGCAGGCCGAUCCGUACGCGCAUAGCAGUAUCUACAUUCGCGACAUGAUGCGCGAAUACUGGAACGACAACCCUCCGCAGGACGCCUUUCUCACUCUACCUGAGCUUAUCGACUUUCUCUUCUCGUCGCACAACGUGAUCUAUAAUCCUGAUCACAUGAAGAUUUAUCAGGACAUGAACAAACCGCUAUCGCAAUACUGGAUUGCCUCUUCUCACAAUACGUAUCUGACUGGUGACCAGUUUCAAUCGGAAUCGUCGUGUGAAGCGUACGCACGCUGCCUGCGCAUGGGCUGUCGCUGUAUUGAACUGGACACGUGGGACGGAACAGACGGCCAGCCGAUCAUCUAUCACGGCCGUACGCUGACGUCGAAGAUCCGCUUCAAGGACGUGGUGCGCACGAUAAAGGAGCACGCGUUCUCCGCGUCGCAGUUCCCCAUCUUCCUGUCCAUCGAGGAUCACUGCAGUAUCAACCAGCAGAAGAUCAUGGCGUCGGUGUUCAGAGAAGAGUUUGGAUCACUCCUUCUGACGCAGCCUAUCAAGCACGACGCUGAAAUGCUCCCGUCUCCAAACGAGCUCAAGCGCAAGAUCAUCAUCAAGCACAAGAAGCUGCCACCGGGAAGCGACGAGGUGCAGUUCACACCGAAGGAGGAGGACACGGGUGAGGAUCUGUCCAACUCGAUCAUGAACGGCUACCUGCUGAUGGAGGACGCCUUGGACCAGGAGUGGGUACGGCACUACUUUGUGCUGACUUCAAGAAAGCUGUUGUACUCGGAAGCACAGGAGAAACAGGAAGAAGAGGAGGAGACACCGGACAAGCAGGAAGACACUGAUAAGGCGCAGGAACUUCAUUAUGGUGAGCCUUGGUUCCAUAGUAAGCUGGCAGGAGGGCGGGUAGCCGCCGAGCGACUGCUGCAAGAUUACAAUGGGAAGGACGGCGCCUUCUUGGUGCGUGACAGCGAUACGUUUGCUGGCGACUUCUCGCUCUCGUUUUGGCGGCAAAGCAGAGUGAACCACUGUCGUAUCAAGUCUAAGAUCGGCCAGGGCCGCACCAAGUACUAUCUGACUGAUCACAUAUCGUUUGACAAUCUUUACAAUCUGAUCGAGCACUAUCGACGAGCGCCGCUCAAGAGCUCAGAUUUUGAGAUGAUUCUGACGGAGGCUGUGCCGCAGCCAAAAGGACAUGAACAGAAAUCUUGGUUCCACAAGACACUCACGCGCACGGAGGCGGAGGAGAUGUUGAAGAGAGUGCAUGAGGAUGGUGCUUUCCUCGUUCGCGAAAGCGAGACGGCGCACGAUGCGUAUGCAAUCUCGUUCCGCGCGGAGGGCAAAAUCAAGCACUGUCGCAUCAAGAUGGACGGCCGUCUGUUCACUAUCGGCACAGCUCAGUUUGAAAGCCUCUCCGAACUAGUGAGCUAUUACGAGCGACACCCGCUGUACCGCAAGAUGCGUCUCCGCUACCCAAUCAACGAGGAGGUCCUGAAGAUGAUUGGUCAGCAUCCAGACCCAGAGUCAAUCUAUGUUUCAGCAGAUGGCAUACUGUACACAGAACCGAAUGCGUUUCAGAACAAGGUCGUCACUGUGAAGGCUAUGUACGACUAUCAAGCGCAACGUGACGAUGAACUCACUUUCUGCAAGCAUGCUAUCAUCACCAAUGUUGAAAAGCAUGACGGUGGCUGGUGGAAAGGUGAUUAUGCUGGCAAGAAGCGACUUUGGUUCCCGUCAAAUUAUGUCGAGGAGAUUGAAGCUCAGUCGCUCAAGAAGGGCGAAGAGGACGGCCUGGGUGCGCUGCAGAAAGGCUCUCUGGACAUUGCAAACUGCACAGUUGAGCAAGUUGCCAUGCUACCCAUUCCAAAUCGCGCCGACUAUCUAUACAAGUUCCGCAUUCUGCCGCAGGGCGCGACGAAAGGCAUUGAGGUUGCCACCGAUGACCAAGGGGACAUGAGGGAAUGGAUGACGAAAAUCAAGCAGGCAUCGCAAGAGCUAGCGUCACGAAAUCAGAUCAAGCUACAGGCGCAGCGCUCGUUCAGGAUUGCCCUGGAGCUCUCCGACCUCGUCGUCUACUGUAGACCCGUGCCUUUCGACAUUGACAACUUUGGCCGGAGAUACUUUGAGAUGUCCUCUUUCCCUGAGAACAAAGUGGAGCGUUACAUAACCAAGAAGUUUGCUGUACGCUUCAUCAUGUACAACUUCCGGCAGUUUUCACGUAUCUACCCGAAGGGUACGCGCGUCGACUCCUCCAACUACGACCCGCAGCCGAUCUGGAACUGCGGCUCUCAGCUUGUGGCACUCAACUAUCAGACGCCAGAUCGGUCGAUGCAGCUCAACGAGGGAAAGUUCUUGGUCAAUGGCAGAUGCGGAUUUAUUCUGCAGCCCGACGUAAUGCGUGACCCCAAGUACGAUCCGUUUGAUGUGAAAAGUUUGAGUGUUGAACCGCAGACUGUCACUGUAGUUAUCAUGGGUGCUCGCAACCUGCUGAAGCAAGGCCGUGGCAUCCCCUCGCCGUUCGUGGAAGUGGAGUGUGCUGGGAUGGAAAUCGACAGCCAGAAUCGAUAUAGGACAUCCACGAAAAGUGACAACGGCCUCAACCCGACGUGGAACGAGACGUUUGAAUGGGACAUUGCCAACCCGGACCUUGCUCUCAUGCGGUUCUGCGUACAGGAUGAAGACGUGUUCGGGGAACCCAACUUCCUAGGGCAAGCAACAUUCCCGAUGCGCUCCAUGAGAACUGGUUAUCGCUCUAUCCAGUUCCUGAAUGCGUACAGUGAGGAGCUGGAGUUAGCGACUCUCCUGAUCCACAUUGAUGUGAGGAACGCCCGUGACAAUGAUGACGAGGACUUGUAUAGUUCUAUACAAGAGUUAAGGCAGCAAGUUGUGCGACUGAAUGCCGGCCUCACCGACUCUGGCAACCAGACGGAGGCCAGCGAGGAGCUAGUCAAGGCGCAAAGCAGACUUCUAGACCUGCAAUCCGCAAGGCAAAAGCAGCACAAGCCUUCUGUGCGUGCUCCUGCUGCGCGCACAACCUCCAACGCUCGCGCUCACUAGGCGAUGACACGCCAUGGCUUCAUUGGAGGCGACAACGGCGCUAGUCACAGCUUGGUGGGAGCAGUGCAGCUGCUUCCACACCGCUGGAGCAUCGCCUUGGCCUCCUUUCCAUGGGCGUUUGUAGUGUCUAUGGACAAGCUUGCUGGUAAAAACGGCGGCUUCGCCAAUGAACCGAAUGACACUGCUUGUGUAUUAUAUUGCAUAUCGAUGAAGGAUAAUAAUAUCUGAUUUUGCAGAGAUUUUGCACGUAUUUGUUUGACAGAGGAAUCACCUUACCCUGACAGGAUGAUGAUGAUGACGAUAAUGAUUUUGUUAGCUUCCCUGUUUCCUUGUUUCCAAUUUUCUCCCCAAAGACCCGAUCUAUGCACCCACUACCGCCUUCUAUCUGUGCUGCUGCUGCUGCUAGCUAGCAUGCAGCGUUCAUGGCCUGUUUUGAAUGCUGCUUGCGGCGGCGGAGGCUUUGAUUGCUAGAGCACUGUUGAUUGCUUUGCCUGCUGCCGUGCAGUGUGGGCCAGCGCCAGUCGCCUAUUACUUAACCUCUUUUAGAGCACCGUUCAAGUGCCCGCUCUCUUCUAUUGCAGCAGCGCGGUUCAUGACUCGCCGCCUCACAUUGUGUCUCAGCCUACUCUUUCCGCCCCCCGCGUGACAUCAUCUAUCCCGUCCCCAUUGAUAUCGUUGAACUUUCCCUAUGUUGUCAGCGAUUUGCUGGCUAGUCGGUCCGACACACAUUGCCACGGGUGUCCGCCUCUACAUCACUGUGCUUGUCGCCAUAGCUACCUGACUUCCCAGCGCCGCCAUGAUUGCCAUGGUUACCGACAUGGUAAAGUUACUACUUGCCAGUGCUUUUUCUCCUACUGCUGCUGCUGCUAGUGCGACCGCUUUGGCUGAUUCAGUGGCGAAGAGUAGCCUCCGCUUCACUGGUCCGUUGCGAGGAGUCCACGGAAGUAAUUCAACAGAGAGCGUGGCCCCUGUCAGACCUCUCGCACCCGUACAGCAGACACUCCUGGCCACCACUGCCUGCUAAGACUAUUUCCCUCUGUGGCAGCGGGGUUCCUCCCCUCCCCCUGCUCCUUACCAACUCGCAUAUUCUUAUAUUUGGUAGUCGUAUUUUGGCGAAUUUCUUUGUUCUCUUCUAUUUCUAUUCCUUUUUAGGCAUGCGCGUUCAUGCCUAUUGUUUCGUUGCUUGUCGGAAAUAUGACUAUUUUUUUCUUUGUUAUUGUCGUUGCUUGCUCUUACGUGAUGCAAAGCGUAUUUGGUUAGCAGAGUAUUGUCAAUCAUUGGCGGGCUAACGUACGGUUAGCGGUUCCGACCGACUCCGACUGACUGCGGCCGCCAGCCGUGUGCAGCAACUACGCUUACUGGAUAUUGAAAUCGUCCGCGACCCCAACUGGUUCUUCCGCAUUCCCAUCGUUUUGAUCCAUAUAUAGAUUGUCUGCAGUCAACUGAACUGUCCCCUGGAGCUUUGUGACUUGCAGGUGUUUGCUUUCCUCCUUUUUUUCCUUUUUUUUUUACAACAAAAAUCUUGAUAAUGUUCAACAUUGUAGCGAUUUUACAUUCUUCGGUUCGUAUCUUGCCAAUUUUACUAUUCUACUAUUCUCAGUCCUGAUAUUGCCAACCCUCCUCCCCUCCCCUCCCCGCUCUUUGCCAACGUGCAGUCAUUGUCCUAACAAAAGAAAUAAUGACUUCCUACCAGA